AAAACGAAGACUGGCGGGAGUGCGAAAAGAGCCUGAAGGAGUUCCUUGAACAGGAGCGUGCCAAAAUGAAGGAGCGUUCGCUGCGCAUCUCCCAGCCAUUCUCAUCGGAUCCACAGGACAUUCAGAACAUAGUGAGGGCCAGGCAAAAGUUCCGCGAGACAGAGCUACGUAUUCGCAACCAGCUGGAGGACAAGCUGAAGGAUGUGAAACUGGCAGUCACCACCCAACAACUUACCGAACUCAUCGAGGAUGCCCAUCGAUCCAGUGGGGAGAUUGUGCGAGAGCCUUCGAUAGAGGACGAUGAGUACCACGAGGGCGAGCCACAGUCCAAGUAUCUGGACGAUGUCACCGACGUCUCCGAGGAGACGGUGAUCAGCGAGGACGCCAUCAGUCUCACCCUGGCCAAGCAGCAGUACGCCGAGGAACUGGAGGCCGAGAUGGAGGACGAGUUCAACCGGGGUCUGCUCAUCUCCAAGCAGCAGUACGACCAGCUGCGCUUCGAGGAUGAGAAGAUCGUGGCGUUAAGGAAUGCCAAAGUAAGUUCGCAGGUCCUCAAGGGCUUUCAGUUAAAUUUAGAAAAUGUUAUACCUUAUCGUCCAUUAAUGUCCAAUUUACAGUGUCAAGUGUAUGUAAAGUUUUAA